CGAACUAGAAAGGCCGGCAAGCGGGACCCAUAUAGCAGAGUACUCGCCGUCAUCUUCUUCUUCUCCAAGUCCAAACUCAAAUCCCCCACUCUUCGCCGGCCGCCGCUGCUUCUUCUCCUCCUCUACGCCGCCUCGUCUCCGCCGGAAUCUCCGCUCGCAAGGGCGUGAUGACCAUGUCUUCUCCAAUGCAAUCAUCGUUUCUUCCUGCUACCACUGAGUCAAUUGCAAUGGCUCAGGAGGCCAAGGAUGCUUCAGAGUCCAUUUCAAUCCUCUACCGUGUGCUUGAAGAUCCGUCUUCUUCUUCAGAUGCAGUGAGAACAAAAGAACUUGCCAUUACAAAUCUGACUACCUAUCUCACCAAAGAGAACAGAGCAGAGGAGCUUCGGAAUCUUUUGACCCAGCUCAGGCCAUUUUUUGCUCUGAUUCCCAAGGCCAAGACUGCCAAGAUUGUGCGUGGCAUCAUUGAUGCUGUUGCCAAGAUACCUGGAACGUCUGAUCUUCAGAUCUCACUCUGCAAGGAGAUGGUUGAAUGGACCCGUGCAGAGAAGCGUACCUUCCUCAGGCAGCGUGUGGAAGCAAGGCUAGCAAGCCUUCUGUUGGAAAGUCAGGAGUAUACUGAAGCUCUUGCCCUCCUUUCUGGUCUUAUCAAGGAAGUCAGGAGGCUGGAUGACAAACUGCUUCUCGUGGACAUUGACCUUCUGGAGAGCAAGCUGCAUUUCUCUCUGAGGAACUUGCCAAAGGCCAAAGCUUCUCUGACUGCCGCAAGAACUGCAGCGAAUGCAAUUUAUGUCCCCCCAGCACAGCAGGGCACUAUUGAUCUGCAGAGUGGAAUCCUUCAUGCUGAAGAAAAGGAUUACAAGACUGCCUACAGUUACUUCUUUGAAGCAUUUGAAGGGUUCAAUGCACUGGAGGAUGCUAAGGCCAUCUUCUGCUUGAAGUACAUGCUUCUGUGCAAGAUCAUGGUCAACCAAGCUGAUGAUGUUGCAGGAAUAAUCUCGUCCAAGGCUGGCCUGAAGUACGUGGGUCCUGAUGUUGAUGCAAUGAAAGCUGUGGCCGAUGCCUACUCAAAGAGAUCUCUGAAGUACUUUGAAACCGCUCUCCGUGACUACAAAGCCCAGCUGGAGGAGGAUCCUAUCGUCCACAGGCAUCUCUCGUCUCUGUACGACACCCUCCUGGAGCAGAACCUCUGCAGGCUGAUUGAGCCCUACUCAAGGGUGGAGAUCGCGCACGUGGCGGAGAUGAUCGAGCUGCCAAUCGACCACGUGGAGAAGAAGCUGUCGCAGAUGAUCCUCGACAAGAAGUUUGCAGGGACUCUGGACCAGGGCGCCGGCUGCCUCGUCAUCUUCGAGGACCCCAAGACGGAGGCCAUCUUCCCUGCCACGCUCGAGACCAUCUCGAACGUGGGGAAGGUUGUGGAGAGCCUCUACAUGAGGUCGGCCAAGAUCAUGGCUUGAGAUUUCCUGCUAGCUUGAUGUCACCUUAUCUGUACCCGAUGUCUGUCUCUAGUUAAACCUUGAUUUCUGUUACUCCUCAUCCGGACAUGAAAUCCUGCGUGUUAUAUUGUUUUCCCUCCAAAUUGUUUGUGUUAGCUAAACAAAGCAUGUGUCAUGGACAAGAAGAAAACUGUUGCUAGUUUCUGCAUGAUGGAAAAUUGCAAGUACUGUCAACACUUGUUUUAGUUCCAAACACAUAUAAACCUUUAUCUACACAAUCAAUAUUCUAUCUUACGAA